GGGCGAAAGAGUGCGAGAGAGAGAGAGAGAGCAGAAUGUGACACAUGCACUGCCCACUCUUUAUCACUAGCUGUCAGACAGAUGCUUGCGACAGUCGGAGAGGUAGAGUUCCGGAGAAGGACAACGGGGACUAUAGAACAGACUGAUCAAAAGAUAUGGAGUGGCAGUCGAUUUUUAUCGCCAAUUGAGACCCGUUUGGUAAGAGCUGAGCUUGUUUCGUUCCUAUACACAGUGUUAUUUAUUACUCAUGAAUGCCAAUAUCGUUUGAACUGCUCUUGCGCAAUGGAUCCCUAAAUAGCUGCGUGUUUUCUUUAAGAAAGAGAACCGUUUUAUACCUUGGAGACUUUGGAAACUUUACAGAAGAGCAACAAGAGAAAUGGAAACAAUUUGGGGGAAAUCCACUGAAUCACAAUGAUUCAACAAUGCCAAACCAUUGGUCACAGACGUCAGUUCAAUGUCUAGUUUUGAGUUGUCAACUAACGUGAAUUCAACCUGAAAUCAACAAAACAUGUCACCAUGUCAUGUUGGAUUUAGGUCAAAAGUUGGGUGAAAAAAAUUGUUUUCGAGGUUAAUUUAGGGACAUCAAAUUGACAUUUUUGCUUGAAAUGAGUGGAAAGAAUGUUGAUUCAACCGGAUUUUGCCCAGUGGAAUGGGUCUUAACACUUACCAUAGCCUUUUCUGCUGCCAAAAAAGGGUGGCUUUGAGAGCUUGAGGGGGCCUACCACAACACUGACAGCCUGACACACAACACACACACACUGAACCUCGAGUCAUGCUGUCGAACGAGAGCUGCGAGAACAGCACCCAUAUCCACACGGACGGGAACCCGGUGGUGAGCACGGUGAUGUUCAUCCUGGGGGUGAUGGGGAACUUCAUCGCCCUGGCCAUCCUGGGGGUCCACCAGAAGGAGCGGCGCACCAAGUCCUCCGUCUUCUGCAUCCUGGUGACGGGACUGGCCCUGACUGACCUGCUGGGAACCUGCUUCCUCAGCCCAUUGGUGUUUGUGUGCUACGCCCGCCAGCGAUCCCUGCUGGGGCUCACUGGGGACCAGGGACUCUGUGGCCUCUUCGCCUUUGCCAUGACCUUCUUCGGCCUGGCCUCCAUGCUCAUCCUUUGUGCCAUGGCCGUGGAGCGCUGCCUGGCCAUCAGCCACCCCUACUUUUACUCCAAGUGCGUCCGACGCAGCUUCGCCAAGGUGGCCCUCCUGCUUAUCUACGUCUUCACCUGCGCCUUCUGUGUUUUGCCAUUCUUCGGCUACGGCCGCCACAAGCAGUACUGCCCGGGCACGUGGUGCUUCAUCAAGAUGGAGGCGGUGGGCGAGGGGGCGGACGAAGAGAGGAAGGUUCUGGCAUUCUCGCUGUCCUACGCCUCGGUCAUGGCGCUGCUGAUUGUGGCGGUGUUUGUGUGCAACGGCUCGGUGAUCGUCAGCCUGUGCCGGAUGCACCGAAGCCAGAUGACACGGCGUGGUUCGGUGGGGAAUGGAGGGAGGAAGAGGAAGAUGAGUCUGGGCUGGUUCGGACAGGGGGAGGAGGAGAUGGACCACCUGAUGCUGCUGGCCUCCAUGACGGUCAUCUUCGUUGUCUGCUCCUUGCCGCUCACUAUUGCCGGUUUCGCCAAUGCCAUUGAGCCGGUGGGUGACGACCAGGAGAACCUGCUGGCGUUCCGUUUCCAGGCCCUCAACCCCAUCGUGGAUCCCUGGGUGUUCAUCAUCUUCCGCAAGUCCGUGUUCCGCCACCUCCGCUCGCUGCUGUGCUGCCGCUUCACGGGGGGAGCGGUGAAGAACACGGCCCACUGCACCUUCUCCUUACCCCCUGACGACCACAGGGAGUCUCCCAAGCCCUCCGUCUCCCUGCAGCCCAAACUAUACUCCAGCCGGCCCCUCUGAUGUGAGGGGUGGGACCCGGGGCAGGGAAGAGGAUGGGAGUUAUGGAUGUAUGUAUGUGGGAGAGCAGACAAUGAGGGAAGGGGUUCUGGAUAGAGGAUUCGGAGAGUUCACUCUGUGGACCAUCAGCUCUUACAGGAGGUACCUUAUCCGCUAUUGACUAGAAUGCAUAUGCGUAUACUGAUGCAUGAGCUACAUAUUUCAUACAUGGCCGUGCUGUACAAAAAGACUGAAAAGGAGUGGAUAAAGUGAUUGAUUGUGCCUUUAAACUCACUGUAAACUUAACUCAAAGCAACUGAAAAGGACAGAAACUCCUGCUCCGUACUGAAUGUAUGCAGGAGAGGACCACUAAGAGGGAUUUAUUAUGGACAACCAGCCCUGGAGGGGAGUAACCACAAUGUGUGUUGAUCCAUCCUCAGUUUUCUCCCAUCACAGCCAUUAAACUCUGUAACUGUUUUAAAGUCAGCAUUCAUGGUGAAAUCCCUGAGCGGUUUCCUUCCUCUCCGUCAACUGAGUUAGGAAGGACCCCUGUACCUUUGUAGAGACAGGGUGUAUUGAUACACCAUCCAGAGUGUGAUUAAUAACUUCACCGUGCUCAAAGGGAUAUUUAAUGUCUGCUUUUUUUUUUACCCAUCUUUCCAAUGCCCUUCUUUGUGAGGCAUCGGAAAACCCUUGUCUUUGUGGUUGAAUCUGUGUUUGAAAUUCACUGCUCGACUAAGGGACCUUACAGAUAAUUGUAUGUGUGGGGUAAAAAUCAUGUUAAACCCUAUUAUUGCACACAGAGUGAGUCCGUGCAACUUAUUAUGUUAAGCAAAUUUUUACUCCUGAAUGUAUUUAGGCUUGCCAUAUCACAAAGCGGUCGAAUACUUAUUGACUCGAGACAUUUCAGCUUUUAAUUUGAAACGUUUUCAAAAAUCAUCAUCCCUUUUAAAUUCAGGCUGAAACACAACAAAAUGUGGAAAAAGUCAAGGGGUGUGAAUAGUUUCUGAAGGCGCUAUAUAAACCACCCGGUGAAACCCGGGAAAAUGUUUUGCACUCGGUCUUCUGUCCAGGUAUCACUGGACACCAUUUCCAAACUGGGCGAGAAUGUUCCUGUUAAAAAAAUCUACUAAUCAUUCUGUUUGCUUACCAAAGAUGGUAUGGUCGUGUCCACGAUUACGACCUGAUGGAAUUUAGAUUUCCUCACUUCCUGAAUUAUUUCACAUCUUGUAAAAUGUACAACACGAUACAUCAAAAACAGACAGUAUGCCCGUGCGUAUGCCCAAGGAAAUCAGGUCAUUAACUUCAUGUGACAUCAACAACAGUGUAGUACAUCAACAUGCACGAACGAGUAACAUGUGAUUUGUGAUGCUGUGUUUCAUCGACAGCCCCUUUGCCCUCUUUAAACUCUUAGCUCUUCACAUGGCUGUCUGAUCUGUCACAUCAUUGAAGUGUGGGAUGCAGCUUACGCUCCGUUUCGAUGCACUGGUCCGUGUAGCGAAAACAGAAUGUAGGCCUGCGAGGUCAAGUACGAGGUCACAGCAGGUCACAUUCAUACAGCGUGACGGCCUCUCUCUCUGUAUGCAUGUCCCCUGGAUCUAGAAUCCAGUUCUAAUGAAGGCCAAUCUCUUUAUCUUCUUUGAAAGGCUGAAUGGAUCAUGGAUGCUAUGCAUGUGCACGUGACAUGUCUUAAACCCACGUCUCAGUUUCCAGAUCUUUGCGUCCAACACUUCGUCAAUGCGCUGUCGUAGGCAAUCAAAGCUGGGGUGUAUUAUGGGCCCAUUGAGAAAGACCUGUGUCUAUGGAGCUAUUCUGUUGUACAAUGUAUCGUAUGAACAUUCCUUUGUGUACUCACGCAAGAUGGUACCUCUCUUUCGAAUCAAUAAUUCAUUUGACCUAUAUUGUCACACCAAAAAGAAUCCUGCAGCCACAGGAUUUGAACGUUUUAGUCCAUAAUGUUGCUUGAUCAGUGGUUAGUCUAUUAGCUAGCCAAAAGUAGGCGACAUGAAAAGUGCAAUACUGUUAAUAUAACCGCGUGUCAGUGUGGGUUGUCAGUGAAUUUAUGCAAAUCACGAAGCUCAUCUGCAUUGAACGCGGUGCAGUGAUCAAAUUAAGAUCCUACAUUUGUAUGAGUUUGUUUGAGUGUAGUUCUGUGUCGGCAGUUCCGUCGUUGAAAGAGCUCACCAAACGAUGUUUGAAGAUGUUGCUUUUUUUUGUCCUCUUUCUCUUCCGUCACUAUGGCUGUGGUCACACAGGCAGCUCAAUUCUGUUAUUUCCACAUCAAAUAUUUUUCAGAGCUAAUCUGAUGACUAAAAAAAGACCAGAAUUGGGCUGCCUGUGUAAACUCAGAUUCUGAAAGUGAUUGCGUGAAGAGUGCUGGGUUUAUGUUUGCAGGUGGUAAGUGCUUUUUUUGUGUACGUUUCUAUGUGUUCCCUCAGUUGUGUUGUGUGGUGUUGUGUUGUUUGUGUAUGUGAGUGUGUUGUGGUGGUUUUGUUUCCGGAGCUAUAAUGUGACUCGUGCCCAGCGUGUGUUCCAGUGUGGUUUCUUGCACUUGAGAAUAUACGGUAUCAGAUAUGUUCUUCAGUAUUGGGAUCAAUUGUAACAAAUGUUUAAGUGAAUAUACAUGUUACAGACGUGUUAUGUAUAGGUUGCUGUAUAUGUUCCUAUGUAAAAAAUAUUCAAAUGCCAAAUAAAGAUUGAAACUAUA